CGGAAAGGUGGGGCACGGCUCGUCCGCGGCGCGCGGUCAAAUACGCACAUGACUAAGCGCGUUCGACGGCGUCACGACUUGAGCUGUCACGUCUCGACAGAGGCUUCGCCAUCAGCCGCCACCCGCGCACUACCCCUCCCACUCUACACCCGCUGCAUGGCAGCAUCUUGCAGGCGCACCACUCCGUAACCCCCAUACACGCCCAUUCGCACCGCUGCAUCCGCCCGCCACCUCCACCACUGCGCACCCGCCCACCGCGCCCGCCAUGUCGAGCCUCCUACGCCGCACCCCCGGCCAGCUCGCGCGCCUCGCGCGCCCCGCCUCCACAACCUCUGCGCGUGCGCCCUUCACAUUACGGCGGCGCGUGCCCGUGCCGCAGUGCCUGUACGCCCAGCAGCGCGCCCGGCGGUUUGCGACCGGGCCCGAGGAGCCCAAGAAGGACGAGAAGCACGAGGCGGCAGAGAAGAAGGAUGAGUCAGCACACAAGGACACGGCCGCACCAAAGGACGGCGACGCCCCGGCCGCGUCGAAGCUGACGGCUCACGAGGAGCAGACGCUCGACCACCUGGUGGAUUUCGUGACCACGGGUGUGCCCGAGGCGCAGAAGAAGGCGGUCCGCGACGCCAUGGCCCAGAUCAAGAAGACGGGCAUCCCGCCCGAGCUGCGCGAGGAGAUGGACAAGCUGGCCCGCGGCGACAAGCUGGACCUCGCCACCGCCGCCAAGAUCUCGCGCAUGACGACCAACAUGGCCCGCCGCGCCGCUGAGCAGCAGCAGUUCAAGGCCGGCGAGCCGCAGCAAAAGGCCGGUGCCCACGACCCGGGGCCACAGAGCCAGAAGAGCGGCAAGAAGGAGGCUCCUGGAGGCGGCCCUGGCCCGUUCGGCUCUAUGGACCCCCAGUCGAUGGUCGUCGCCGCCUUCCUGUCCUGGCUUACCUACCGCCUGUUCGUGCCCAGCGAGAACACCAAGGAGAUUACCUGGCAGGAGUUCCGCACCACGUUCCUCGACAAGGGGCUGGUCGAGAAGAUUGUCAUCCUCAAUGGCACCAAGGCCAAGGCCUUUGAGCGCAAGAUGGAGGUCGCCCAGCACGAGCUCGGCAUCCCCAGCUCUGAGCGCAUCCCCGUCGCCUACUCGAGCGAGAUCUCGUGGUUCGGCACCUUCUUGUCCUUCGGCCCCACCAUCCUGCUGCUCGGCGCUCUGUUCUACUUCACGCGCCGCGCCGGCAGUGGCGGUGGUGGCGCUGGCGGCGUCUUCGGCAUGGGCAAGAGCCGCGCGAAGAAGUUCAACCACGAGACCGACAUCAAGGUCAAGUUCGCCGACGUCGCCGGCAUGGACGAGGCCAAGCAGGAGAUCAUGGAGUUUGUGUCCUUCCUGAAGGACCCCGGCAGAUUCCAGAAGCUUGGCGCGAAGAUCCCGCGUGGUGCCGUCCUGUCCGGUCCCCCUGGUACUGGUAAGACACUGCUCGCCAAGGCCACCGCCGGCGAGUCGGGCGUGCCCUUCUUCAGCGUGAGCGGCUCCGAGUUCGUCGAGAUGUUCGUCGGUGUCGGUGCGUCGCGUGUGCGCGAUCUGUUCGCCAACGCGCGCAAGAGCACGCCCUGCAUUAUCUUCAUCGACGAGAUCGACGCCAUCGGCCGCUCCCGCUCGAAGCAGAACUUCGGCGGCGGCAACGACGAGCGCGAGGCCACCCUCAACCAGAUCCUGACCGAGAUGGACGGCUUCAACACCACAGAGCAGGUUGUCGUGCUGGCUGGAACGAACAGACCGGAUGUCCUCGACAAGGCGCUCAUGCGUCCGGGUCGUUUCGACAGGCAUAUCAACAUCGAUCGCCCGACUAUGGAGGGUCGAGGCCAGAUCUUUGGUGUGCAUCUGAAGAAGAUCAUCACCAAGGAGGAUAUUGAGUUCCUCAAGGGCAGGUUGGCGGCUUUCACACCUGGGUUCUCGGGUGCUGAUAUUGCCAACUGUGUCAACGAAGCCGCGCUGAUUGCCGCCCGUUACUCCGCCGACACAGUAACCAUGGUCCACUUCGAGCAGGCCAUCGAGCGCGUCAUCGGCGGCCUGGAAAAGAAGUCCCUCGUCCUCAAGCCCGAAGAGAAGAAGACCGUCGCCUACCACGAAGCCGGCCACGCCAUCUGCGGCUGGUACUUCAAAUACGCCGACCCGCUGCUCAAGGUUUCCAUCAUCCCGCGCGGCCAGGGCGCUCUUGGCUAUGCGCAGUACCUGCCCGCCGGCGACACCUACCUGAUGAACGUGCACCAGCUGAUGGACCGCAUGGCGAUGACACUCGGCGGCCGCGUCUCCGAGGAGCUAUACUUCGACACGGUGACUUCCGGCGCGUCCGACGACUUCCGCAAGGUAACCCAGAUGGCGACCGCCAUGGUGACCAAGUGGGGCAUGACCAAGAAAAUCGGCUACAUCUACUUCGACGACGACAACCAAGGCUCGCAGUUCCAGAAGCCCUUCUCCGAGGAAACCGCCAAGAACAUCGACGCCGAGGUCAAGCGCAUCGUCGACGAAGCCUACAAGCAGUGCCGCGACCUGCUGACCGAGAAGAAGCACGAAGUCGGCCUCGUCGCAGAGGAGCUGCUCAAGAAGGAGAUGCUCGGCCGCGAGGACAUGAUCCGUCUGCUCGGCGAGCGGCCCUUCGAGGACCCUCAGGACUUCCACAAGUACUUCUCGGGCGAGUACGGGCGCGCACCGGGGCAGAUGAGCCCCGAGGGCGAGACGGGCGCGAAGGGGCCGCUAGUGCCGCCGCCGAGCGUGGCGCUCAUCGAGGGCGAGGGGAGAAGACACCAUGUGUAAGCGGGCGAGCCCAUAACACGAUGGAGAAGCAGGUUUUUCUUUUGUCCCACAUUGCCAGGCGUCUUUCCCCGCGGCCUGGUGCGUUAUUCCACUCUUGCAUCCGAGCGUGCAGCAUCGAUUAGUCUAGACGGGGGCGCUUGCUGCGAGGCGCGUGCGCGUGCGUGUGCGUGUGUU